AAAUACCGCUCCGCCGCUGUUUGCGUGUUAAACCUUCCGCACACAGGACCGAACGAGCUCGACUCAAACACCGGUGGAAACCAUUUGUUUAGUCAAAAUGCAGAUCUUUGUCAAGACGCUGACUGGAAAAACCAUCACCUUAGAGGUGGAGCCCAGUGACACCAUUGAGAAUGUGAAGGCAAAGAUCCAGGACAAAGAGGGCAUCCCCCCGGACCAGCAGCGUCUGAUCUUCGCCGGAAAGCAGCUGGAAGACGGCCGCACCCUCUCCGACUACAACAUCCAGAAGGAGUCCACCCUCCACCUGGUGCUGCGUCUGAGGGGCGGCAUGCAGAUCUUUGUCAAGACCCUCACUGGAAAGACCAUCACCCUGGAGGUGGAGCCCAGCGACACCAUCGAAAAUGUCAAAGCCAAAAUCCAGGAUAAGGAGGGCAUCCCUCCUGACCAGCAGCGUCUGAUCUUCGCCGGAAAGCAGCUGGAAGACGGCCGCACCCUCUCCGACUACAACAUCCAAAAAGAAUCCACCCUCCACCUGGUUUUGCGCCUCAGGGGUGGCAUGCAGAUCUUUGUGAAGACCCUCACUGGAAAGACCAUCACCCUGGAGGUGGAGCCAAGUGACACCAUUGAGAACGUGAAGGCCAAAAUCCAGGACAAAGAGGGCAUCCCUCCUGACCAGCAGCGUCUGAUCUUCGCCGGAAAGCAGCUGGAAGACGGCCGCACCCUCUCUGACUACAACAUCCAGAAGGAGUCCACCCUCCACCUGGUGCUGCGUCUCCGUGGAGGGAUGCAGAUCUUCGUGAAGACCCUCACUGGAAAGACCAUCACCCUGGAGGUGGAGCCAAGCGACACCAUCGAAAAUGUCAAAGCCAAGAUCCAGGACAAAGAGGGCAUCCCCCCAGACCAGCAGCGUCUCAUCUUCGCCGGAAAGCAGCUGGAAGACGGCCGCACCCUCUCCGACUACAACAUCCAGAAGGAGUCCACCCUCCACCUGGUGCUGCGUCUCCGUGGAGGAAACUGAUCUGCUUUAAGCGUCCCAGUAAACCCACCAGUUAUUCCAGUGUUGAAAUCGCUCGUUCUGCUCCUGUUGUCAUUCCCUUUUUUAACAUUUUUUAUUUCAAAGUUUUUCAAUAAAGGUUGAGCAUUCCUGAAUUUUGCUUUAAGUUGCUUUAAUUUCAUUUUAACUGCUUUCGCUGACAGUUAGUGGUGAUGUUUUUGGCCUCCAGAACUUGAUUUGAAACAGAAAAUACACAAAUAUGAUGUGAAAAUGGAAAAAAUGGAUACACAUUCAUGUUUUUUUGUGGUCCAGCAUUGAUAUAAGUUAACUGCGAUUUGUGGGUGAAAUGUUUUUCAUUGUGACCUAAAAAGCAAAACCUCCAUGAAAACGCUGCUGUAAACUGAUCGUAACCAAUAAAAUGGCUUCUGACCGUCA